UUUCUCUCAACCUACUUUACACGUUUAACCGUUCAUAAUGGGUGAAGAAACAAUGAUCGACUUCGACCAUACUCCCCUCUUGGAUGAUGGUCUCAAACGUCAAAAUUUUCCAAGUAAUUUCUUGUUCGGGGUAGCAACAUCUGCUCAUCAGGUUGAAGGUGCUUGGAAUGUAGAUGGUAAAGGCUUGAGUAUCUGGGAUUGUUUUGCCCUAAGAAACCCUGACAAGAUUAGUGGAGGUGCAAAUGCAUGUGUUACCGUUGACAGCUACUCAAGAAUGAAGGAAGAUGUUCAAUUGCUGAAGAAAAUGGGUGUCAACUCUUACAGAUUCUCUAUUUCAUGGCCGAGAAUAUUACCAGGCGGGAAAAUAAGCAUGGGUAAAAACCAGGAAGGCAUCAACUACUACAACAAAUUAAUAGACGAGUUAUUAGCUAAUGGCAUUGAGCCGUUUGCCACUAUUUUCCACUGGGAUCUUCCCAAUGCUUUGGAAGAAGAGUACAUGGGUUUCUUAAGUUCAAAAGUCGUGGCUGAUUUUGUCGACUAUGCUGAUAUUUGUUUCUGGGAGUUUGGAGAUCGGGUAAAGAAUUGGUUGACUGUAAACGAGCCACAUAUGUUCACAUAUAAUGGUUAUGUUACUGGUACAUUUGCACCUGGUCGGGGUGCAAAUUGUAAAGAUAGUGAUGUUGAAACAGAGCCAUAUACGGUAGCAUACAACCUACUUAACUGUCAUGCAGCUGCUUAUAGAAAAUAUGAGAAAGAUUACAAGAGUUUCCAAAAGGGUAAAGUGGGAAUUACGCUUGACCUUAGCUUUUGCAAGCCUUUUCGUGGUCCGAGUAAUGAUGAAGAUGUCAAAGCCGUGCAAUAUGCAUAUGAUUUCGGGAAUGGAUGGUUUCUUGAGCCAUUAGUAAAAGGAAAAUGGCCGGAAAAUAUGCAAAAGUUUGCUACUACUCCUACUGCUAACUAUCCAAAAGGUCGUACCCUGCCUGAAUUCUCUGAUGAUCAACUCACCAAGUUGAUAGAUUCAUAUGAUUUUCUUGGAAUAAACUACUACACUGCAUUUUAUAUCCAAUAUCAAGCUCCUUCUGUUGAUAUUCCUCCUGGAUAUACUAGGGAUGGUCGCUUCAAAGCAUCAGGAAAUGAUUCCAAUGGAGAUCCUAUAGGAAAGCAAGCAUAUGUUGAUCCAACAAACCCAAUGCUGUCAUGGGUUUAUCUUUGUCCUGAUGAGCUUACAGAGCUCUUGUAUCUGGUUAAGAACACAUACAAUGUAUCCAAACCUAUUAUAAUCACUGAGAAUGGUUCUCCUGAAAUGUUGGAUACUGGAAAGACAUACCAAGAAGUGCGGGAUGAUACAUACCGAAUGGAAUAUAUAAAGAAACAUCUCAUUGCCAUCCGAACAGCUAUACGUAACAAGGUAAACGUAACGGGCUAUUACGCAUGGUCAUUCAUGGAUAGCUUUGAAUGGAGUUCCGGUUACAAAGAUCGAUUUGGUUUGAUCUACGUUGAUUAUGUCAACAAUCUCCAAAGGUAUCCGAAGAAUUCGGCACUAUGGUACAAAAAAUUUCUUUCCGAAAAUGUUCUAAAAAGAUCCAUGGAUGGUGAGAAAGUCGAUGGUACAGGGUUUGAAGCAGAAAAAGCAAUCGAAGUGAAUCCAAAACUGAAGAAGGCGAAAGCAUGAAUUGUGUGUCUUAAUAAUCAGAAUCUUGAAUUGUGUGUCUUAAUAAUCAGAAUCCUGAAUUGUGUGUCUUAAUAAUCAGAAUUCCUGAAUUGUGUGUCUUAAUAAAUUUGUAUUUUCUUCAUUAUGUAUCCUUGUACCCGUACUUAAUAAUUGUCUAUUAGACAAAAUAAUAAUAAGAAAUAAUGUAUUCUACUGUUUACCAUAAUAA